CAGAGCCCCACUGUGAGGUCAGCGCCUUCCGAUGGGUUCCGUCCAGAGGUGUGUGGUGGGGCUGGGGGCUGGACAUGGCCCCCUGUCCCCAGCCUGACUCCUGCCUGGUUGGCAGCCCCCUUGGCCGGAUAUGUUUGUCCCUUUUGCUCAACCCUGCUGCAGCUGGAACGUACUGCGAGUGCAGCCUCGGCCUCAGCCGCGAGGCCCUCAUCGCCCUGCUCGUGGUGCUGGCGGGCAUCGGUGCCAGCUGCUUCUGUGCCCUCGUCAUCGUGGCAGUUGGUGUCAUGAAAGCCAAGAGUGAACCAUGCCCCAGACACAUGAAUAGCAGGCUGGUGGGGCACUACGGGGUCCAGGAAGAUCACAUGGAUCUACACACCGUGCAAGUGGGGCCUCAUGUCAUGGACCCUGACCUGGAGGUCUCUAUGAUGCCACCCCUGGAGGAGCAAGGCCUCAUGACCAUCCCCAUGGACCCCAUGUCCCCAAACGUGACUGUAGUAGAGGAGCCGCCCCCUCUCGCCCCCCCAACCUGAGCAGGGCUGCAGGCAGCCUGGGGGAGGGGAAUUAAACAGUAUUGAGUGCU